AUGAUUGUCAGCGGGAGACUGGGUCGAUCAGUGAGCAAGGAACAAUAUGCAUUUAUCUACAGGUAAAUAAAAUACCUUGAUCAUCUCAUAAUUAAAAAUAAUUAAAAAUGUAGGGAGGUAUUAACGUGAAAAUUUGCGGGACUGUGUGAUGGAGAUUACCCAUGCAGGGGCAAACUGAUCAAAUUUAUACAUGUUACAUAACUUAAUUCGUUGGCGGAGGUAUCUAGUCUUGCAUUUACUUCCAUCAUAUUAAUUUUUACUUGAACCGCGUUAAUUGUUAAUUGUGUUACAGCAACGCUAAAAGUUAGCAAAUUCUUUAUUGGUUUAGGAAAAGUAUUGCAACGGUGAAGGCGAGUUACACAUACGUUGAUAAAAAUGACGAUUUUGAAAGAGAGCCUUUUGUUGUUCGUCUCCAUGUUCCCUCAGCAG